AGAUCACCGUCCAUUGCGUACCUGGAAACGGUGCAAACGAGCUGAGGAAGACAACGCAAAGCAGCAAGGCAAGCACCGUACCUAUACUUUUAUAACAAAGCUAUCAACACGUCGGUGCGCGUGUAUUCUACGUCGGGAACAAGAGAGGCCGUGUGUGUCGCCAGUUGUAUCGCAUAAUAGUUCUACUUUGUUUUUUUUCUUUGUUGCUUGAACAUACUCCCCAUUCGACUUUGUUUUGCUCUGCACACGUGUAUAUAUUUCUUUGUUUGAGCAAAUUGAGUCUUUUAUUGACUUCAAUGAAGUCGACGCGCCUGUUUCGUAAGCCAGCCAUCAUGGGGCUGAAGGAGGCGAUGGCGGACAUCGAGGAUGGCAUCACCAUAGCUGUGGGCGGCUUCGGCUACGCGGGAGUACCCUUCGAGCUUCUUGCUGAGCUGAAUCGGUUGAAGCGGAAAGAGUUAACUUUGAUUAUGGCCAGCAUGUCUGGCGAGGACUGCGGCAUUGGCCCCCUCGUACGAGACGGCCAACUGAAGAAGGCUGUCACGUCCUACAUGGGCGAGAAUCGCGUGUUUGGAGAUUGCUUUACCGCCGGCAAGUUCGAUGUGGAGUUGUGUCCCAUGGGCUCGCUCGCCUCGCGGCUGGAGUCGGGAGGCACCGGCAUCUGCGGAUUCUACACCACGACGGGCUACGGCACCGCGGUGUCAGAAGGCAAGGUGCCACAACGCUUCGCCGCCGAUGGCAGCGGAGACGUUGAAGUCUACUCCGCCCCACGCGAGACACGCUUGGUGGACGGCAAGUGGUGUGUUUUCGAAACCGCGCUGCACGCAGACGUCGCCCUCGUGCGAGCCCGUCGCGCCGACCGGCGCGGCAACUUGAUGUUCCACGGCACUGCGCGCAACAUGAACAUCGCCGCGGCCAAGGCAGGCAAGCUCUGCAUCGCGCAGGUGGAGGAGGUGAUAGAGUGCGGGGAGCUGGACCCGGACGAGAUCCACAUGUCCGGCGCUUACGUCGAUCGCCUUGUCGUUGUGCCGGAUGCGUUGAACAAGUUUGAGUUCCUGGUCACGCGCGAGGAGUCGCAUCAUCAGAAAGAAAACCACAACGACGCGAAGCACCGCAUUGCCCGCCGUGCCGCUCUCGAAGUGCAAGACGGCAUGGUCAUCAACCUCGGCAUCGGUGCGCCUACCUUGGUGACUCCGUACGUCAAGCCAAACACGGAUGUGCUGCUUAUGGCCGGCAACGGUCUUCUCGGCGUGGGUCCUUUUCCCAAUACGGAGAAGGAGGCAGAUCCGGAUAUCCUCAACGCGAGCAAGCAAACCGUUACGGUGGACCGCGACGGUGGGGCGAAGUUUAUGGACCUGGUGGAGUCGAUGGGGUUUGUCCGAGGCGGUCUCGUGGACAUGGCGAUUAUGGGCACGAUGGAGGUGGGCGACAAUGGCGAUCUCGCGAAUUGGAUGGUGCCUGGGGGACGCUUCAGCGGGAUGGGCGGUGGCAUGGAGCUCGUGCAGAGCGGGUGCCGGGUACUGAUUCUCACGACGCACACCAACAAAGACGGCUCUCCGAAGAUUCUGCGCCGUUGCCGCUGCCCCAUCACCGCGGCUGGCGUGGUGGACAAGAUCAUUACCGAGUUGGCCGUGUUUGACGUCGUGAAGCCUGGGAACGGGCUCAACUACCUUGUCUUGACGGAGCUCGCGGACGGUGUAACGGUGGAGGAGGUGAAGGCGAAGACGGAGGGCGAGUUCCGCAUUUCACCCGACCUGUGCCCGAUGAAGCAGGCGCCCGUCCCUGAAGGCGCGUAG